UUAUGUUUUGUAUCACCGAACACUAAACGAAGCGAAAUUAAAUAUUCUUCAUCCACCAUUUAUUUCAUUCACUCAUGAACAUGGGAGAUUUGGUUGAAAUACGUGUUUCACAACUGGCCGAAAAAACAAUUCCUCUGAAAGAAUUAAAAAAAUGGAACAUCUUUAGCACUAUCGACGAUAACUUUUUGCAAAAUAUUCGCAUCGCCCAUGUGCACGGAACAUUUGGAUUUCUUAUAACUACGGAUGACGUUGUGUACGCGAUAGGUUCCGGCCCAAUUGGGUCACUCGGAAUCGGUAAAUCGGAAUCAGUUCCUUCACCCGUCAAGAUUGACACUCUUUGCGGACAAUUUGUUCGAGGUAAGAGUGUCACGCCUGAGGUGAAGGGCGCAUUAAUACUUUGCCUUGCCGUCAUACUUGGUCGGCUAGGAAUUUUGACGUCAUCCCCUGCCUUGCCCAGUAAACAACCUUCACCACACCAUCCUUGUUUGCUAAACGUAUUGUGUUUGUCUCUGGAGUUUUUUACUAAUGCCAAAGCAAGUUGUUUUGCAUUAACCAAGGAUGGUCGAGUCUUCGCGUGGGGAAGCAAUCUCCUAGGCGAACUUGGGAUUGAAACCGUUGGAAUAAUUACUACUCCAAAAUUAGUUAAGGUGGGUGAUGGGGCCAAAAUUUCGCAACUUUCGGUAGGAUUUGCACACACUCUAGCGUUAACAAUGGACACAGCGGAGGUUUUUGUGUGGGGUUACAAUCACUAUGGUCAACUUGGACUGAGAGAUGAGACGAAUCGGAGUAAACCUCGCAACGCUACCUCAAAUAUUACCAGCAACAAAAUUAAACAAAUCUGUUCCAGUCAGUUCAGCUCGUUCGCGUUGACCCAAUCCGGGGACUUGUACUCGUGGGGACAUAAUGCUACUGGCGAGUUAGGGAUAGGGAACUUCAUUCAUUCAAACAUUCCAACUAAAGCAAUCUUUGACACACCCAUAAAAAAGGUUAUAAAUGGACCAUACCAUACGGUCGUACUCACCAAAUCUGGGGAGGUGUAUGCGUGCGGUUCUAAUUCAGAAGGACAACUUGGAAUAGGAGACAAGACAAAUCUGAAUGUCCUUACCAGAGUUGCAACAGAUGUGGAAAUAAUUUUUGAUGACAUAUCUAGCAUGUCGAAGAUAAACCAAAGUUUAGCAAAGUCAAAAGAUACAACUUUCGCCUGGGGCGAGAUCCAUAAAGGAAUUAGCUUUAAUAAUCCGACUGAGUUAAAUUCCUUAAAUUUUCCACACCCUAUGACCCUUGUUAAGAAAGAAGCACAAUUUAUGUACAAAUCGCUGUGUGCCUCCAACUAUGAAGAAAAGGGGAAAUCUGUUCUUCAGACGCUCGAAACUGCGAUCGGUGGCCCCGGAACCGAUGUCGAGUUUAAAGUAGAGGGAUCCAUAAUUAAAGCUCACAAAUCAAUUUUGAUCUUACGAAGUGAUUGUAUUGCACGGAAAUUUUCAGAAUCCUGGAACAAACAAGAUGGCCAAAUUGAAUUACAAGAUGUUAAGCGGGACACAUUCUAUGCUCUGUUGUACUUCCUUUACACGGACAAGUUGUACUGCAGGGAUGUAGAUUUUGAUACGUUGUCAGAUUUGAUGAAGUUGGCUGACCAGUAUCGUGAGACUGAUUUAAGAAAAAAAUGUGAAUCCGUUUUGCAGAAACAAAUCAAGUUAGAAAAUGUAUUCACGAUUUAUAAAGUAGCCGGAGAAUGCAAUGCUAAGGUGGAGUUGAAUACGAUAACAUUCGUUGAUUACAUUUCGAGUGGCGAUCUACUCGAUAAGGCGAACUUGAGCGGCCAAGAAUUUCUGCGUUUUACGAAGGCCUGGGCAGAAAAAUCGAAAAAUAGCGGGGAUCCAAAUUGAAAAGAUACAUUUGCGUGAAUAUGUAUGUUAACUAAACAACGAAAACUACGGCUCAAUAUAUUAAGCCUUAAAGUCUGGCAUAUUUCCCAUCGAAAGAUGGUUUUAUCUAAACGUUAUUGCGUUAAGUUACUGACGUGUGUAAACGCUCCCCCAGUAUGCAUCGUUGUCUCUGAAAAGUGGGCUUUAA